CAUUAACAUAUUUGUCAAUGAUUGGCUGUCAAAGAUGGGGUUCUGUGUGUCUUUGGCGUGCUGGGCAGUAUUUUCGGUGGGAUUACUCUGUAGAGAAGAGAUCAGAUAUAUGGUAAUGGUGCUGACGCUGCCUACACUCGCGUUUGUGAUAACACCAUAAUUCCUCUAAGAAAUUCUGGGGAAUAGAUCCGACGCGCAGUGCUCGGAACAACUUCUUGACUGGAGUCAUAAAUGGAUGGAGUUCAACUGCCGAAGAGGAGCUCUUUAAGAGUCUCGCUGUGGCUUUCAUACAUUAAGUCCCGAUUCAGUUUCGACAAAUAAGAUAUCUGCCGAGAAGCCUGGGCGUAGCGUCGCGCGGGGUCCCCAUCUGGUGACACGGCGGUUAGGAGACAUAGUUUCAGGGCGCACUUGCCAAGCCCAUUCUGCUUCCUUUUGGCGCACGCCGCAUCUGCAUUCUAGUUACCAGCGGCCUGGCGUGCCGAGAGGGGUCACCUCAGAUUCCGGAGAAACUCCCUACAAACUCAUGCACGAAUACUCAUCUGAAGUUGUCUUAAAGGCGGCCCGAUGUACCUUCAAUCAACACACGUUUAGGAGGAGAUACGAUCUGACACUUUUAUUAAAUCCUCAGUCAUGGCUGAAUCACAUACCACAACGGUAAAUAAUAUCUCGAAGGCAGAUGAUGACAUUGCUGUGUCCCAGGUCGAGCAAUCGACAGGUGGACCGGUCAUCAAGGUCGACUCUUACAGAGAUGACCGUCACAUCAACCUUACAUGGCGGUCAUGGAUGGUAGUUUUUGUAACAUGUUUUGCCAUCAUGGCGCAGGUCUUUGUGGUAGUUGCUGCUGGAUCUGUCAUCGGUUUCAUUGUGAGAGAUCUCGGCGAUGGAGCAAUUGCUGGAUGGAUCAUACAGGGGCCUUUGUUGAUGCAAAGUGUGCUCUCGCCUAUCGUCGGUCGCCUCUCGGAUGUUCUCGACCGAAAAUACCUGGCCAUGGCUCCGCCCGCAAUCUCUUUUAUCGGAGCAGUCAUAUCAGCCAAAGCAACCUCGAUGACUAUGCUCAUUGGGGGUGGCAUCUUGGUGGGCUGUACGUUGUCGACCAUUUCAAUCGUCCAAGCAAUCCCAUCUGAGGUGUUGCCCAUGAAAUAUCGAGCUCUUGCAAACGGAUUUGCCUUCCUCGGCGGCGCCAUUGGAGGCCUAGUUGGAGGCUUGGGAGCAGGUGCUGCCACCAACGCCGAUGCAGGUGGAUGGAGAAAUAUCUUUUGGAUGCAGGCUGGUUUCUUCGCAGCCACCGUUGUGGGCUUAUUUCUCUUCUAUCAUCCCAAAAGGUCAUCUGACUUCCCCAAGAUGACCUGGAAGAGAAUUGCUUGGGAGUGCGACCCUAUUGGCUCCUCUCUCUUUAUUGUUAGCGCAACAUUGAUGCUUCUCGCUUUGGACUGGGCAGGUGGAGUCUACCCGUGGAAAGAUGCCCAUGUCGUAGCCCCACUUACUGUUGGGAUCGUAAUGCUAAUAGCGUUUUGUGUAUAUGAGUGGAAAGGAAGAGAUGACGGCCUUGUCGCGCAUGUUUUUUUCAAGGGUUCUCCGAACUUUGCUCUUUCCGUCUUCGCCUUUGCAGUAGAAGGAUGGAUCUUCUAUAGCGCCGUGAACAGUGUGACGCCAUUGAUUGUCCUGCAUCUUGGAUUUGAGACCUCCGCCUGGAAAAUUUCCAUCCGUCAGCUGUCCUACACACUGGUGACUUUGUUCGCGUCUAUUCCUAUCACGCUAUAUUCGACGUGGAAGAAGGAUCUCAAGAGUCCACUUCUGAUUACCUUUGCGCUCUUCCUUGUUGUCACAAUAUGCUACGCCAAUAUCAACCCCAGCAUGAACCACGCUCAGUUAGGAUUUAAUGUCAUCUCUGGAAUUGGCCAAAGUGGGCCACUCACACUCCUCGUCGCGCUCGUCCAAUUUACAGCACCGCAUGCAUACCUUUCAACUGCAACAGGCCUUGCAUUUUCCGCUCGAGCAUUGGGAGGAGCCUUCGGCUCCGCGGUGCUCAAUGCCAUCAUCAAUGGCAAGCUUGCCUCCCACUAUGCACCUUCAGUCUCGAACGCUGCGACUAAGGCGGGUCUCCCUGAAUCGUCAGUACCUGCUCUGCUCGAAUCUUUUGCCAGCGGGGUGGGCUUCGCAGACAUCCCAGGCGUUAGUCCAGAUAUCCUUGCUGCAGCUACAAGUGCGAGUGAGCACGCAUAUGCUGCUGCUUAUAGGCUGGCGUGGGCGAGCAUUAUUCCGUUUGUGGUUCUAGCACUAGUGGCAAUCUGGUUCUUGAAGGGGGUCAAAGAACUGAUGACUGAGCACGUGGAGGCAACAGUCGAGAAGGAUGAAGUGGCAGAGAAGACCGCUGUCUAAUGGCGGCUAUGUGGAGGCGCUGGGAAUCCUGGGGGAAUCGAGUAACGUCAUUUCAAGAAACUCUAGGUUGCGGAAAGUUAUUGAGUAGAGUUAG